AUGUCCGGCAAACCCCUCCUCAACGAGGAAACCAUCGCGCGCACGGUCCACUUCGUCUGCCGCUCCACGCUCCCCUGGCAGACAUGGAAAGAAACCGAGCCCGAGUUCUGGUGGUUCUUCGAGCGGCACUUCAAAGCCACCACGGUGUCCAUCAAGCUCACCUCCGACGAGAAAAUGUUUCUGGCGAGCAUGGAUGUGCCGAAUGACUCGGUGGGGAAGCUGGAGAGAGGCAUCAAGGACGGCGUGCUGGCGAUGGAGAUCGAUAAGAUACAUGGGAUUGAUCCGGCGUUGAGUGGGAGGAGAGAUGUAAAAAUCUCCAAAUUCCAAGUCUCCCUCGCUCCCGCACAACCACAGAACCUCAAAGUGAAAGGCACCAUCCAGGACCUCGAGCAGCGGCUGUUGGAGCUGGAAUUGAAGGAGAGGGCGCGGUCGAUUGAUUUGCGAGUGAUAAUGGACCGCCUCCAAGUGUUCCAAGUGGACGUCUACAAACGGCUCGAAGCAAUGGACAAGAAAGUGGACGAGACGCUGGCGGGGUUGGCGGUCAAGUGCGAGCGGAUGGAGAAGGUGGUUGCGCGGUAUAAAAAGUAG